CAUGAGACAGAGACAGGAAGAGUGUGUGAGAGUGUGUGUGUAUAUGGACGUGUUUUCUUUGCACAAGUGCAUUUCCUCUCUCUCUCUUUCUGCACCGACGUGUCCUGAUUCAUAAUCUCCUCACCUAAAGUUGCAAGAAUGUUCCCCUGCCAAGCAGCGCCGGGCCAGUUUGGACCAGAGACACGGGAGCCAGGGCUGAAGGUGUGGCGGGUGGAGAAGAUGAAGGCGGUGCUGCUGGAUCCGGCCGAGGUGGGGGCCUUCUUCAACGGAGACUCCUACCUGGUGCUGGAGCACAGGGGGGACCAGGGGGCAGACCUGCACAUGUGGAUAGGUGAGAAGUCAUCUCGUGACGAGCAGGUGGCAUGUGCCAUGCUGGCUACCCAGCUGGACAACUUCCUGGGUGGUGACCCCAUCCAGCAUCGCCAGGUCCAGGGCUACGAGGCCCCAGAGUUCAUGAAUCUCUUCCACAGGGGGGUCAGCUACAAGGAGGGUGGUGUGGAGUCAGGUUUCAGGCGGCCCCAAGGUGGGUCAGGGCCAGUCCACAGGCUGUACCAGAUCAAAGGGAAGCGCAACAUCCGUGCCAAGGAGGUGGAGCUGAGCUGGCAGAGCUUCAACAAGGGAGACUGCUUCAUCCUGGACCUAGGAGAGACCAUAUUUUCAUGGAUCGGCUCGCAGGCCAACAUGUUUGAGAAGCAGAAGUCGCGUGAGAUCGCUAGCCUGAUCCGCGACACUGAGCGGCACGGUAAAGCACGCAUCGUUGACAUCAGUGAGGGAGAGGAGUCGCCGGAGAUGCUCAAGGUGCUGGGACCAAUGCUAGAGCUGGCAGAGAGCACUCCAGAAGAGGACAGUCAAGCAGACAUCUCCAACUCCGCCUCCCUUUACAAGGUGUCCGAUGCGACAGGUAAGAUGAAGCUGACCAAUGUCUCUGAAAAAAGCCCAUUUGCCAAGGACCUUCUGGUGCGUGACGACUGCUUUAUUCUAGACAACGGGGCCAAUGGAAAGAUCUUUGUCUGGAAAGGUAUGGGAGCCAAUGCAGAGGAGAAGAGGGAGGCCUUGAAAAUGGCAGAUGACUUCAUCCAACAGAUGAACUACCCCAGGAUGAAAACGCAGGUGGAGAUACUACCACAGGGGAGGGAGACGAUCGUCUUCAAGCAGUUCUUCAAGAACUGGAACUAAACUACAAGGGUUUUCAGAAAGGGGUCUCAAUUAACUGUUGCACCCCUAAAAUAUAAUGAAAUAACAACCUGGAAUAUAAAAGUCUCAAUCAAUGUCUAAAAGUCUUCUCAUCAGAAGUGAACGCAUCUCAAAUUCAAGAACAUAUCUUUUUUUUUUAUAUGUGUUUACUUAUAUGUAUAUAUUUGUAAGGUACUGUACUCAUAGACAACAACUGUUUAGUCAUGCUUAGGUCAGAUUAACUCAAAAUAAUAAGAGCAUUUAUAAUGAUGUCACACCAAAUGGAACCCUAAGUCACUACCACUGGUUCUGACUGGGAAGGAAAACAUGUUCUCACUGAUCUUACUGGGCUCUGUUAAUGGCCUUAUUUAAAGCCAAGGUGACAUUCCACAAAGUCUAUAAGGUGAAUUUGUUUGCUUCGUCUUUUUUUGUUGUUGUUUUUUUACAUUUGAUUAAGAAUUACAGGGACAUAUUCAAAUAAUACCUGUAGUAGUCUACAGAUUAUGAAAAUAAAUGGAAACUGAAAAAAUA